UAUUCAUCUCCCACCGUAAUUCUAUCUACUAAUCGUGUAGGAGAGCAGAAAGUCGCAGCCGCCAGGCGCCAGUUAGGGCUUCGAGUCGACCAACAGGGAGAAGAUGGCGACCCCUCCGGAGGGACCGGCGAGAGCGGCAACAGGGACACCUUCAUCGUCGUCGACGCCCACAACUACAGCAGCGACGGCACCUGCGUGCAACACGCCCACACCUGCAUCGUUGCGGGCACCUGCCUCCACAAUGUCCAGACCCAAGGCGACCAUGUCGCUUUUUCGGACACCUUCGUCCAGGACGGAGACACCAUCUGGCGAUGAAGAUGGAGGUGACUCCAGGCGAGGAACAGAAAGCCGCCGGCGUUCCUCUCAGACUGACGACAGCUCAGAACAAACAUGGACUAUGUCUUUCACUUGCAAGGGGGCACUGGGGGGACAAGAUUUUGCUCAGUAUACAAUAGACAAGGAUUCGAUCACGUUUGGUAACUUAAUAACAAUGAAAUCAAAUCUAGGGUAUGGUGCCAGGGACUACUUGUACUAUAAGAGGAGAUGUGGUAACGCUGUAGCAACACUAAAUGAGAUCGAAUAUGAUGAAGAUGCAAAUGCAAUGUUAUCAAGUAAUGGGGAGGAGAGGGAGGUCAGAUUAGUAUUGUCCAGGGAUCAAAUAAUAGAGCGAAAUGUGGAGAUAACACCAAUUAAAUUGCCAAGAAUGGUAUCAAUUAGUGAAGAUUCCACAGAUGAGUCAAUUGAUGAUUACAAGGUCUGACUUAACAAUAUGCAUAAAGACAGAAAAUACAUGGAAUUUCAAGAUGUAUACAGGGAAGACACAGUCAAGACUUACAAAGAAUGGUUAAGAGUGCAAGGACAACUUGAUGAUAUUAGUGCAUAUGACAACCAUAGGAAUCAGAUUGAUUUACUAAAUUCAAGUCAAGAUAGCAAUCCAACACCACCUUUGAACCUACCCUCUCAUGCUCAACGUGAGAAAACACAGGGAAAUAACUCCCAAAAGAGGAAGGCACGAGGUACCCUAAAAGGAUUGGCAGCCUCCCACAAGAGAUCCAAGCAGGGCAGUCAGAAGCUUAAAGUCGAAUUCUCUAGAAUUGGAGGAGUUGCAGGUGAGAACACACGCACAUUUAUUGAUGAAAUAGUAUUGUUUACAAGGAAAAAAGCACCACUCAUUGGAGUGAGAACAUGGAGAGAUAUCCACGAAGAUGUUAAAAAGUCAAUAGCAUCUAAUAUUAUGAAUAAGUGGGACCUUGAGAAUAAUGAGGAAAACAGGAAAAAAAUAUGGACCAUCGCAAAUGAGCGUUACAAAGGAUGGCGAUCAACAUUAAGUGCUACGUACAGGGCAUACACCACCGAUGAUGAGAGAAUGAGACACAAGCCAGAAGAGUUGGACAUUGUUGAAUGGCACUAUCUGGUGAUGUAUUUUGGUAGCGAAGAAUUUCAGAGGAUUAGCAACAAGAAUUCUCGUAAUCGGCACAAUAGAAAGAUAAACCAUGUGACCGGAUCAAAGUCUUUUUCUCAGUUAAGCUAUGAGAAGAGGGAUCCACUAACUGGUGAUGAGCCAAAUGAUUUGGACCUUUUUAUGAUGACACACACUAAGAAUGGGGACGGGACAAGCCAAGAAUCUAGGGAUGUCUAUGAUAAUGCAAGCAACAAACUUUCAGAGAGGGAAACAAAUGGAGAUAUAAUUAUCAUCUCAGACGUGGAGCAAAACCAUAUUUUCCAGGUAGCCUACAAGGAAACAACAAACUGCAAAUCAACUAAGAUCCAUGCUAAUGGAUACAUGGCAAAGUACCCAACUAGAAGGCAACUACUGUCUGAGGAAUACCAGUUCCGUGUCCGUCAAGAUGCGACACUGAUGGAGGCGUUUGCAAAGCUACAAGAAUGAAUUGAAACUCAAGAGGCUGAAAGGCAAGCCGAAAGGGAAGAACAUAGGCGUCAGAUGGAAGAAAUGGAGAAGGCAAGGGAGGCUGAUAGAGAAGCACUUAAGCAAGAGCUUAUGUCGAUGAUGCAAGCAAUACAAGGACAAACAUCAUUACCACAGGGUGACAAAGAGGGAGAAAUUGCCGAGGUUGGUGCAGAAACAAACAUAUUUGAAGGAAAUGUAACAACAAGAGAAAAUGAAGAAAUAUCACAUCAACGGGAUAACCCACAUAGCAGCCCGCUGCAAACACAACUCGCAGGUGCUACAGGGAUAACUACUGGUCGUACUAGCAGCACGCUGGAAACACAACUUGCAUCUACAACACCUGCAACUACUGCUAAUACUCGCACAACUAGGAGUGCUGUGAAUAAGUCAAAAACAGCCCAAAACAAAGGAGGGAAUCUAGCAGUUUCUUAUACUACUACAAAAGCAUUGAAGGAUGAUGCAGCUAAGAAACGAGCAUUUGGAAAAAGGAAAGAACAAGCAGGCAAUGUGUAGGAGCAAGAUGGAGUUUGAAUGGAGCGCACGAUUGAUGGGAUGAUCAACAUCAAGGCAACCAUACCAUUGCUGCAGUGCUCCAUAGCUCAUUACAUUUUGAUGUGAUCAAACUAGAUAGUGAUUUGUGUUGGAUACAUUAUGUGUUUUAUGUGUGCAUGUGUUAUCUACUAAGUUUGACAUUGGAUGGUUUGGUUUCAUUAAUUAUUUGUAUGAACAGACCAGGUUUAAUGGAUAUCUAAAUAUUUCAUACAUCUUA